AUGGCAGAUCUGGUGGACGGUCGGGGUCCUUCGCGCGGGACCGACGGGGACUUUGGGUCGCCGUACCAGGGUUUGCCUCUUCUGUACCAUCUGUCUUUUCUGCACGAUUUGUUGAAUUAUUCCACGGCUCUGCUGUGGCUGCUGGCGUACGUCGCGCUGAUGCUCAAGGUCCAGCGCGAGCGUAACGCGUACGGCUUAUCAUUUCAGUCGCUCUUUGCCUUGGUCUGGGUAGAAGUGAGCAACGUACUGCUCAUUCUCUGUUUGCUGGUCUAUCACAACAAGCCGAUCCACGCCGAGUUCUUCAUCGUCGACUGCUCUUCGGCCCUCAUCUCGCUCGCGGCCUUCGUUUACAUCAACCGAUACUUCAGCUCGACCUACGAGAGUCAGCGUGACAACUUCGGCAAACGCUUCUGCCGGCUGCUUUGCGGGAAGUUAUGCGUGGACAAGUUCUCUUGGCUCUUCCUCUACCUCGUCGCCUUCAUCAUCUCCUGUCCCAUGUUUUUCUUGCGACGCUCCAAGUACGCAGCCCCCCUCGCGGUGAUCGCAAGCAACGGCAGCUUCCGUCUCUUCGCCUUGACGGCCCUCUCCUUCUGGGAAUGCUUCAACGACAGCGUCCUCGCGCUCGCCCUCGUCCCGCAACUCUUCAUGUUCUACAACAAACGACCCAGAAAGGUCACCAACCUCCUCGGCACAUUCGUCGCCCUCCUCUUCUUCGCUCGCAUCUGUGCCUUCCUCUACUGGCUCACCUUCACGUGGUUCCACACGUCUGAGCCGACAGGCCGUGGCAUCCAUCUGUUGACAGAGGCGCUGAACAUUCUCAUUCUCCUAGAUUUCCUCUACCACUACAUCCGUGCGAAGCUCGCAGGAGAGCGAGAUAUUUCGCUCCCCAUCUAA